GGUUCAGGCACUUUUGUUGAUGGAGUCAAAACUUUAAAAGUGGGCAGCUAGGGGGUCCACUGAGCCUGCGUUUUCCAAAAGCGUCUUGUAACUGUUUUGCAUACUCCAACCGAGUCGCUCUUUGAAAUGGACUGCAGCCCAAUGAUAAGCACUUACCUAUGGCUUCCUCACUCAAUUAUGUCGCUCUCUCUAUUCGUUCCUUCUCUUCUCUUCUCCGCAUCCGACCACCUCCCGAUAUCGCAGAAGACCAGCCCCAUCCACUCCACACCUUCAUCGAAGUCCCUCCUUUCCUUUCGUGCAGCCGCCAAAAAGUACCACAUGAGCCUCACUGACGGCGGCGACGGCGCAGGAGAAUAUGAUGUGGUAUGCUCUGGGGUACGAGAAGACGGAUGCCAGCGCGGAGCAUGGCGAAAACCUCAACUGAGAAGACACUGUAAUUCUAGAGGAUAAGUGGAGUUCUGGCCGUAAUACAGAAGGUCCGACUGUCUUUAUUCUGUUGGGGUCUGACUACGGGAGACUAAGAUCUGACCAGUCUCGAUCGUAUGGAACAGCGUGAAGUUCAAGUCCAGAUUCUGCUCUAUUCCCUCAAGCUCUCUCUUCCCAGACCAUCCACCCUGUUAUCACCUGUAGAAUGCCAUCCACAGAUAACGUUUCUUUUAUCCCACCCGUCAAAACCAGUCGCUCGCAGAAGAGAAACCAUACUUGACCACCCCUUCCUCCGUCGAGCGUCUCGAGUCCUUCAUAGACAAACUUUCCGUGUGGCAGCUUGUAUCCAUCUUGGCAUAAAUCUCCCAUGCACCC